GAAUAAUAAUAAUAAUGAAAUAAAUGAAUAAACCAACAAUUUGUGUUGGUUUUAUUCCCUUUUUUCAUUGUCCCAGACACGAAGUUAUGCAACAUGGUCUGGUGUGGGAAAGGUUCGAGCGUGGGAAGGAGAAAGACAUGCUUGGUUUUUUCCGCUGCAGAGUGUCAUGUGGUCUAGUAUUCUCAACUAAAGCCACCAGAAAUAGCCAUGAAAGCAAGGCACAUCCCAAUAUCACUGUCGAGGCUCAGGAUCUGCAGGGGGAGGCAAAUGGGGGAGCAGCAAAGGAAGAUUUCCUGUUCAAUUACCAUCAGGCAAAGCUGGCCUUUGGUUUCAUUUUGUUCGAGUUUGGCGAUGCAAUUAAAGAGGGAGACAGUGAGAGGCUUCAUGACUUUUACAAGGUCACUCUGCUACUGUACAAAGCACAUGGCAAGAUGAAAUACGCCUCUGUCAUUCUACUGUACUUAGCCAAAAUUGAAGCCAUUUUGUCCGAAUCAGAUGCACAUGACCUUAAAUGGAAUAGAACAUUUAACAAACAUGGAUUGCCAGGAAUGAACAUUCCACUUGACUUGAGAACUGAGCAGUUCAAUCAUGAUGUUAAAAGCAUGUGGAAGUCACUUGCUGCCAACAUCAAUGAAGAUUCAGCAGCUUGAAUUGCUAAUACCG